AUGCGCCCUCCGCUUGCAACUCAGCCUCCAAAAGUCAGCUCUGCACACAACUCCCCGGCGGCGGCGGCGGCGGCGGCGGCGGCGGCGGCGGCGCCUGCGUGCAGAGGCGCACUCGUGACCCAACAACAAAACAGCGAUGCCAGGGCGCUAACGGCGCCCGGUGCCUCCGGGGCGCCCUCCCCGCCCCAGACCUCUCCGGGCCGCCGGCCCCGCUCCCCUCACUACCCCCACCCCCGUCCCGGGUCCCAGGCCGAGUGCCGCGCCCCCCCCCCUUCCCCUUCCCCUUCCCCUUCCCCAACCCCGAGCCCGGCCGCGGGCUCCGAGCGCGAUCGGCAACAAUGUUUACGUUCCGGGGAUUAUGACGUCGACGCCUCCCCCCGCCCCCCCACAACUGCUGAAAAUGGUUUCCUAGGACUUUGCAAACGGAUCCGCUUAAGUGUUGGUGCAAAACUUUGCAGACCUCGGCUGCUCUGA